AUGGACUCAGUCCCUAUUCCGACGGGUUGCAUCCCCUUAAACGAUGCCUUCGAUCAUGCCGAAUUCUACAGUGUCAUCGGUGUCUGCGUGGACUAUUUCGAGGUGACGAAAUCCAGGGGCACCGACUACAUGACGACGCUCAAGUUGCACGAUGCGACGUGGAACAGAGAAAAUGGGUCGGGUAUGAAUUUCCGCCUUUUCAACGGGAACCCUUCGAACCUACCUGUCAUCGGCGACCAAGGAGACGUGGUUAUCUUCCGCAAUUUCAAGAACAUCAAUCGCGGCGAGACCAUGGGCAUCUCCAACCGCGGCUCGAAAUGGGUUGUCCUGCCAGCCACGGCGUUGGCCUCCUGUGAUAAUUUGCAGGAUAUGCACCGCCGUGCUACAUGGUCCGGGAAAAACAAUCCCAGCAUUCCGUGGGAAUUUGAUAUAUUCAGCGAAGACGAGUUGCGGUAUGCGAAAUGGCUAGCAGACCAAGAAGAUCCUAGUCAAUGGCGCCCAGUGCUUGCCUCUACAGCGCUGCAGCGUGAGCAUAUCAUGUCCACCAAUGGAGGCAACCCGCCGCCUCGCGGCCAGAAAUUCCGCUUGAUAAAGGACCUUGAGGUGUCUUACAACAGGACUGGAACAUAUGCGGACCUUCUAGGGGAAGUGCGACACAUUUACUCCGACGACUAUAAAACUGACUUGCGUUUGACUGACUACACGACAAACGAGGGUCUAUACGAGUUUCGCUUCGGUGACCCUGAGGCCGGCCGGGAUGGUGAUCUUUACGGCUACACAGACGAUUCUAACAAGAAGUGGCCUGGUCCAUGGGGGAGGAUGACCAUGACUCUGACUCUGUGGGAUGCUCACCAUAAUUACGCCCGAGCCAAUGUCAAAGAGGGCACUUUUGUGUACCUGCGCAACGUGCAGAUCAAAUUGGGCAGGAACGGGUCAAAUUUGGAAGGAUUCUGUCGAGGAGACAAAGAUAAUCCCAGCAGAUCAAACGUCGAGGUGAGGAAGCCGCAUGAGGCGCAAAGCGAUGACCACAUGAAAUCCCUCCUAAUCCGGAAACGAGAGUAUGAAGAAAAGGCGAAGGCAGAAAACAUUCGCUUCAUACGGAAUGCUCAGGCGGUGCAAAAGAGGCAAGUCGAGGAAGCAGACGAGCCAAAGAGUAAGAAGGCUCGCCUGAGAAACCGCAAGAAGAGGGAGAAUAAAGUAAAGCAUGAUACUGGACAACGACCGGAAGGAUCUGCGGCCGACACUGGGAAGUCUGUGGCCAAGUUGAAUGGCAACGUCCGCUGUGAAAAUGUCAAUGUGCCUUGCAAAACGGUUAUAGACAUCCUCGAUGACGAUAACCUGGUACGCACAACGGCCCAGGGCACCACCUUCAAGCUUCCAUUUCAGAACUGCAGGUACAGGGCGAACGUCAGGGUGGUGGAUUUCUUCCCGGAUGACAUCGCCGACUUUGCUGCACCUCGAGAAUACUCGGAGUACGAUUACUUAUCGGACGGCGACAACGGCCGCGACUCAGACAUCGACCUCAACCAGGGUGGUGGAAAUGAUGUGAGUUGGGAAUGGCGUUUCUUUCUGCUCGUCGAGGAUGCUCGGCAGCAGCAGGCAUCGCGAGACGGCCGGCCUGCGCGCAUGGAACUGCUGGUUGCCAACACUGACGGCGACUACCUCCUCAACAUGGAGGCCUGCGAUUUGAGGAGUGAUGAAAAUGCGCGUGAGCUUGCGAAAGUGAAAGAGAAGCUGUUCCAUCUAUGGGGCGACCUUCAGGAAAAAAAGGAAGAAACCGCCAUGGCCGGAGGGUCGAGUUGGAAACCUAGCGCCAGGCCUUUCCAGUGCCUGAUAAAGGAGUAUGGAGUGCCAACACGGACUGCCGGUGGACGGUCCAGGGACAGCUUGUCGUAUGAAAGAGUAUUCGGGUUGUUCGGAACGACAAUCUGA